AUGCCACGUCCUAGACGCCUCGAUGUCGCAAAAAUCCGGCAAGCCAGCGCUGCCAAGGCCCUAAGCAGAGAAAUCCGGACCUGCUUUACGACCCGAGUCGACGGAGAAGUCAGUAACCAGUGGCCGUCACUGCAGACUUCAGUCUAUGGGGCAGCUGAGAAAAUCCUUGGAUACAUCCAACGACGCCGCAGUGACUGGAUCAGCGGAAGAACCCUGCAGUUGUCUGCUCAGACGGCUAGAGCCAGGUCCCGCAACGAUGAAUACUUCCGCCAACUUCGGGAGAUGACGGCAAAAUCGGCCAGGGAUGACCGGAAGCAAUAUUGGGCUGAAAUAGCGACCUCCAUGGAACAGACCUCGAACGUUGGUGACACUCCUCAGCGGAGUUUCCUCCCUCUCCUACCUAUGCAGUGCCAUGCGACCCCCCCCCCCUCUGAAGGAGACGUCGCCGAUGCCAUACGAAAGUUGCGCAACAAUAAGGCGCCCGGAAGGGACGGUAUACCCGCUGAAAUCUACAAGUCUUCUGUCGACAUGCUGGCGCCCUGGCUCCAUGAGGUGAUUGAACGAGCGUGGUUGUUCCUGGUGACUGGGGCUUAUGCAUCCUUGUACCUAUCCUCAAGGGAGAUAAGACGAGAUGCGAGAACUACCGCGGCAUAAGUCUCAUCGACGUUGCUGCGAAGAUCUUCGCUAUUGUUCUACUCAAGCGAUGCCAGGCUGUGCAUGACUCAAGAACGAGACCCAACCAAGCCGGAUUUCGUGCUGGACGUGGAUGCGCAAACCAGAUAUUUACACUGAGGCGUAUUCUCGAAUUUCGCCAUAGCUAUCAACAACCGACGGCCGUCUGCUUCAUUGACUUUGCCGCCGUGUUCGAUUCCGUUCACCGUGAGUCCCUGUGGCAGAUAAUGGCACUAGAUGGUGUACCGGCAAAAAUAAUCGCCAUGAUCAAGGUCUAUUAUCGCUCCACUACGCUAUUGACUGAAUCCUCGGGAGGGCCCUACGCGAGAGUGACGGCGUUAAAUUUGCACCCGGACAUCGACUGACUGAUCUCGACUAUGCCGAUGAUAUCGCUUUACUUGCUUCAAGUUUUGGUGAUCUGCAGUCUAUGGUGCCACGUGUGAACGAGGUCGCUAAAUCGGUCGGUUUAUCCAUAAACGCUGGGAAGGCCAAAGUGUUUUCAAGCUUCAUCCCUGACCAGGAGAAGGCACCCCUCGGUAAUGAUGGCUGACAACUUGAAGAAGUAGACAGUUUUAAAUACCUCAGGGCGAGGCUGCUGCCUAAUGGACAGAGUAAGGACGACAUUGUCUCCCGAGUCGAUUUUGCCCGCUGGGGUUUCUCAAGCCUUCGGAAAUGUCUAUGGAUCCGACGUGACCUCUGCAUCGCCACUAAGAUUCGCGUGUACCGUUCAUCUGCCCGGUCUGUCCUUCUUUACGGUUGUGAAUGCUGGGCUUUGCGCAUGGAGGACGAGCGAAAACUGGAGGUAUUUGACCACCACUGUUUAAGGACCAUCCUUCGAGUGAAGUUCAACGACUUCGGCUCAAAAUGAGACAGUCCGCGCUCGCUGCGACAACAUCGCAAGGAUAACCCAGGCCAUCCAAGAAAGACGACUGAGGUGGUUCGGGCAUGUUCUUCGUCGUCCACUUCAGGAGCUCAGUGUUACUGCCCUCGAUCCGGCACCGUUGCCCCAUUGGAAGCGUCGAAGAGGGGGUCAGUUCAAAACCUGGCUCGACAGAGUUCGUCAAGACAUGGAGGUGGUUCUUGGACUUUCGGUAUUCGGUCUGCGUCGUUGGCGAAAGGAAUGGGUUGAGCUGUCCAGAUCUGCUGCCGCGGAUAGUCACGCGUGGAGAGGUGCAGUUCGGGAUAUCGAGGCCGGCUAG